UAUUCUCCCACCACUAUCCUCCCACCACUCCUGUGCGUCAAAACAAAAAAACUUAUCUGAAUAAAUUAAAUUACGUUUUAAAAGCUUAACAAUGGGCUUAUUGGACAAUGUCGCCACCUAUUUCACGGCUGAAUCCGCUAGGAAUAAAAACUCCUCCCUCAUAGCCGGCCUACUGUUUUUCGCAGGAUGGUGGAUCCUAAUCGAUGCCAUGUCUAUUGACGGCAAGCACCAGAUAACCACAGGACAUGUGUUCAUCGGAAUAUUCGGCACCAUCAGCUUUUGCAUGGUGAAUGCCGUCAAGGGGGAGCAUAUUUCCGAAGAGAACUCAUCGGAGUCCGGGGCCAGGAUAGCCAAGAUCUGGCUACUAGUGGGCUUUGUGAUGGGCUUUGCCUCCAUCAUAGCCGCCGUCUGGGUGAUGAUCGAUGACUUUAUCAACAAUGAGAAAAAGGAGAGCUGGUUUGGUGUGGCUCUGCUGCUGCAGAACGUUUUUAUACUGUUUGCCAGCCUGGUCUACAAGUUCGGACGCAACGAGGAGGAGUGGAACGAGUAGAGGCAGACUUCACUCCAAUUCGGGAACGAUGCUUUUAGUAUUUAGACUCAUACGUACAUAAUCAGAGUCCGCGGAGUUGUGUCCCAGAGGCAGUGCCGCCUCAUCCCAUACGAAGGCACAACUCGUCCAACUCUGUUUCCGACCAGAAUCGAUGAAAUUUUAAUGUUCCCCAAUUCUAGCAUACACUUCUACGGCUUUAAACAUUUUACUAGUUUAGAAAUGAACAGGCUUCAUCGCUUCCACGUCCGCCACAUCCACAUCGGAACGGAGUUGUGCACAACAGGGCCAAUAAUCUCAUUUAUGCUAAACGAUAAUAAACGACAAGUCACUUGCGUAAGGUCA